AUAAGAGUAAUAAGAUAAGUUUGUGUUGAGGUGCGCGUCAUGACACAGUAAUAUAGGAGUCAGGGAGGCGGCCGACACCUGCCACAUAUAUAUAAGUGAUCGGCGGCGCCAGCGGCACCACUAUGGCGCAGAGUGCCACUUGUGUGUCUAGGGUGUACAACGGUGUGAUAGAGGAUGUAAUCAGUGGUGUACGCGAGUGCUUCCUGGACGAGGGUGUAGACGAACAAGUGCUGAGUGAACUACGCCAGCUGUGGGAACAGAAACUACAACGUAUGAACGUCAUAGACAACACUGAACCAGGGACUACCACUGCCUCUGCUGCCUCUCACCACCACCACCAGCACCAACAGCAGCAGCAGCAGCAACAACAGCAACAGCAGCAGCAGCAACAGCAAGCACAAACACAACAAGCACAGUCACAGACACAACAAACAGGUGCAACAUCACUCGCAGCAAGCUUGGUGCCAGUGCAGAUCACGGUGCCUGCCCAACAGGCCGGCGGUGUGCCCAAGACCAUCACCAUACAUGUACCCUCAUCCGCCUUGGCCAACGGUGUGGCUGGGCAGCAGUUACAGGCCAUCCUCAGCUCUCCUACUGCAGCCCAUACCUUCUCCCUUGAGGCCAGCCGUGCAGCAGAGAUCAUCCAGCGCAAGUUGAACCAGGCACUGGAGGACAACGGUAUUACCCUGCCCCCACAGUUGCAGCAGUAUAACCACAUUGCUGCCACCCAG